GAAAUCGAAGAAGGGGGACGCUGCGAAGAAGGACCCCCGGUGGUGAUUGUGGAUGACUGCCCCGCCUCCGGGGUGCACGAGGAGAUGCCGGUGGCGAAGGUGCCGAGGGGUGUCCGGGAGCCAUCUCUUGAGGUCCUCACGCUCUCCCUCCCGGCUGGUACGGCCGUGUUGAAUGGCACAGCUGACCCGAGGGCGCUUCUGAGAGGUAUAACCCUUGACAUUGACAGGGCAGCCCUCGGGGCUGAUGAUGACCAAUCCCUCGAGGACAGGAUCCUCCGGUCUUCCCUCACGACCUGCAUUGCCCUCGGGGAGCAGGCCCGACGGCUGGAGGAAUGGAGCCUCCACAAAGCUGGGCAAGAUGCCAAGAUGAAGGAGCUAAUUCUCAAGGACUCCAAGACCACGAAACUGAUGGCCCAGCUUGAAGAGGACCUCCAGCUUGCGAGAGCGGAGGCCGGAAGGC